AUGUUGCCGAUUGCUUGCAAACAAGUGAUGCUAAAUUCCCUGCAAAAAGAAAAAGAAAAAGAAAAUGCCUUAGCUUGCUUGCUGCCUAGUACAAAAGAAAAUGCUUCUUGUCCCACGCUCCUUAGAUUUCGUAAAAUCAAUCCCAGGACCGAAAUCACAAACAUAUCUGCCCGAGACAACAUGGACCAAAAUGCUCUCCCACUACACCACAACCACAACAUAUCUUCCACUCAUCCACCGCCACCGCCACCGCACCACUACCACAAGCCACCUUUCUUGCACUUGUACUGGGGCAAAGACGCCGAAAUCCUCUUCUCUGGUUGGCCCGACAAUCAUUCUGGCAUGUAUGCAUUGGCUCUAGUAUUUGUUUUUGUUCUGGCUGUUUUGGUUGAAUUUCUGUCAAACCUUAAUCUUGUCAAACCUGGGUCAAACCGGGUCGCGAGGGUUUUUUUCCAGACUGGGUUCCAUGGAAUUCGAGCCGGGUUUGCAUAUAUGGUGGUGUUGGCUGUGAUGUCUUUCAAUGGUGGCGUUUUCAUUGCAGCUGUUUUGGGCCAUGCAAUCGGGUAUCUGAUUUUCGGAAGUCGAAUCAGUAAGAAGGAAUCCGGUACAGCUUAA